AAAAUCGUGUAGAGAUCGAGGUUAUGUUCUGCCACCUCAUUCAAUUAUGGUAUCGUGUUCAACUGAAAUUAAACGAAAAGUCGUUCAAGAAUUGAAUGAGAAGUAUGGGAAGGAUUUGCUGGACUUGGAAAAAUGUAGGGAACUGCACCGAAAUCUUUUAGCACAAAAGGCAGCCAUAGAGAAAGAGUUGGAUGUUACGAGUACAGAAUCUUCUAUUGGCAAGAGUGUAAAAAAUGCACAAGAUGUUGUAAAAAGAACAGAAGAUGUCAUAGAAAGGGGUAAGGAUAUUAUUGGAGAUAUUAAAAAGGACUUGGAAGAUGUUGACGAAGUAAGAAACGAAGUUAAGGAGCAUUUUGACAAACUAAAUACAUUACAAUGCACUUUGCAAUAUAUGAGAGUCAUACAGCAUAUAGAAUACUUAAGUGCGGAACUACAAAGAGAAAUUGGAAAAAGAGACGACGAGAAAUGCGCCACUCUUUUCGCUAAUUUAACAGAAAUUAGUAGGAAUUUGGCUGAUUUUUCCGGAGUGCAUUUACGGGAUUACCUGAAGGAAACAAUCCACCACUGGCACAAUAUUUUAAAGGACAAAUUUGCAAAGGACUUCGACGAAGUUUUAAAAGCAAUCAAGUGGCCUUUCGUUAGUACAAACUUUUCUUUGGUUGUCCCAUUACCUACGUAUAUACAUAAAUUGCAAAUUAUUUCAGAGUAUCUGCUUCAAAUCGAACUGCCUAGUGAAGCUAGCGAGCCUGUGAUAACCUCUGCGUUGCUGUCCGAUUUUCCUCCCCUGUGUUUACCCCUGCAUUUUUUAGCUCAACCGCUGCGUAAAAGAUUUUUCUAUCACUUCUACGGCGCAAGACAGACGAAUCGGCCCGAUAAACCAGAAUGGUAUUUUACUCAAAUUCUUACAUGGAUAAGGGACCACAGAGAUUUUGUAGGGAAAUAUAUCCAACCCGUCAUUGAUAAGCUAGGCUUACAUCAUAUAGACGCAAAGCUUGAACUGAUAAGGGGUUUAGUGCAGCUGGCUGUCGAAAAGUUAUAUUCGGAGCUGCCUAGUUUGCAGUACGAUGACUUUACCUUUUCGCAUUCAAUAGACGAAGCCCUAGGUUUCGAUAAAGAAUUACGUGAAAUUUACGACUACCCCACGAACCAACCCAGCAUCCUAGCGGUGCUAACGCAGGCGCAAGUGUUUGUGAAAUGGCUGGCGAUGGAGAAAAAAUACGCAAUUGAAAAAAUGGACGCAAUGCUGCCGCCUAACUCGUUGGACGCAUUCGACCCGUUGACCUCCGACGUGGAAGAUUUAAAGAUAACGACGUGCGCAGACACUUUUAUAACUUUACAGCAGACCAUAACGGAACGUUACGAGUCUCUGCCGCAACCAGGUCAUAGGUUGCAAUUCCUGGAGUUGCAGCUGGAGCUGUUGGACGAUUUUAGGGUUAGGUUGUUGCAAAUUGUAAACGCCGAGGAGGGUGAUGUCAUUGAGUCAAAGAUUCUUGCGAUUGCGAACAGCAUUUACUAUAUUGAGAAUGUGCUGAUAGAUUGGGGCGCAAUGUUGCAUUAUUUGAAUUUAUAUUACUACAAAAGCCAGUUGGAGAUGGCGAAACAACCGGUUAGUCCCACCUCGACUGAAUUCGAGGAUAGUCAGUUGUUCGAAAUAGAAACGGACACCGUUUUCGCAGAAACGUUGUCCCUCUAUAGACACAUGAGAAAAGAUAUCUUAAAUACGCUGGCCGAAACGGUAAUAAUCGAGAUCAAACGUAAAAGCAGGGACUACCGCAGAGAAAGAUGGGCGUUUAUGAAAACAGCUAAAGAAUUCCGUAGCUUAUCGCUGACGCCUUCAGCUUGUCCGAUGUUCGAGAUUCUCUCGAAGCGUUUGCACCAACUCCAGAAGAGUUUGCAAAGUAAAUUGUUUACGUACGUGUGGCGAUCCAUAGCGCAACAGUUGGACACUUAUUUAUUCGAGGACCUGGUUCUCGACACUAGGUUCAGCGAAGGGGGGGCCCUACAGCUUAAAUUCGACGUAACCAGGAAUUUGAUUCCGCUAUUCUCGCAGUUUAGCGAACGACCAAACAAUUACUUUGCACAGUUGAUAGAAUCUUGCGUUUUGUUGAAUAUAAGCAAAGGCAGCGCUCUACUCCUCCGAGAGACUAUUUUAGCGCUAGAGGGUGCCACCGGAGUAGAGGACACGAGGGGAAAAGCUCUGAAGGAGAUCGGCAUCAGCAAUUUCACCCCUAAGAUGGCUGUGAAGAUACUGAAUCAAAGAGUCGACAUUACUUUUAAUAGGAUAUCUAUAGACUAGCAGCGGCAGAUUGUUUGUUUUUUUUUGUUAACGUUGAUUUUAUAUAUGAAUUUGUAUUGGAAUUGUUGAUUAUGUGAAGAUGCUUUUAAAAUUAAUAAUUUAUUGAAACGGA